UUUAUUAUAUUUUUAUAACUUUAGAAUCCAUUAAAAUAAUACAUAAAGCAAUAUAAAAAUGACGCUUUUGUUACCGCGAUAAUACUUGCAUGAAUGCAAGUGUUUUCAAUAUUUUGUGAAAUAUUUUCCAUAUUGCUAUGUGGAUAAACACAAGAUAAAAGAGAAAAAUAUCAAUAUAAUUAUUUAGAAAUUAUUUAUAUUAUGAUACGAAAUUUGUGACUACUUGAAAUUACACUCAGUGUUACACUUAUUGUUAGAUCAUUUAAAAUAAUACAGGCAAAGAUAAGAAAGUUAUUUACCAUUGUUCUACAUUUUUAACUAGAUAAUAUAAAUAAUUACAAGCAUUAUAUUUACAAGCAAAUAUUAGGAUACAUUAAGUCGCGAACACUAUGAAUGAGGUUUACCGGAUUAGGUCACUGUUUGUAUUAGUAAUUUUUAACAGUAUUUUCAUAAUGCAGAGAAAGAAUGAGAAUCAAGAUUUUAUGAUUUGUACAGCACCUGCAUUGGCAUCAAGAUUGAAGUUGCCAGUAGUUAUUAUUCCAUUUAAUUUAGAAUUUGCAUUAAAAAAGAUAAAUGGCUUAGAACUGUACAGCAAAACUCCGAACAAAAGUGGAUUUAAUUUAAACCUAUUUAAUAAUUAUAAAAUAUGCAUUGAAAGUUUGUCUGAUGUAAACAAGAUAACCGAACAGAAUUAUUUGGUUAUAUUAAAAAUAUGUUUAUAUCUAAUACAAUUCGAAAUAAAUUGUGAAAUGAAAAAGUGCACAUUGUUAAAGUAUUCAAUUAAGAAAUUUGAUUUGAUAGAAGAUUGUUUUAUUAUUGAUAUGAGCUCUUUGAAUAAUGAUUAUUCUAUAAUUAUACCAAAUGAUAAUGUGAUUCUUUGUGAAAUUAAUACUAAAGUAAUAAUUAAAGCCAGAGUCGUAAAAGUACAAGAAAAUUAUAUAAUAAUAAAACCCUAUUAUUCCAGAGAUGUAAAAAUAUUGAACAGCGAGGAGAACCAAUAUAACAUACGUUUCUGGAGUCAACAUUGGCCAUUAAGAUGCUGUCAUUAUGCAUUAAAUAUAAUAAGUAAGUGCAAUUGGACUGAGAUAGUAUUCCCACAAUUGAAGACACAUUGCACAGAUAUGGAACUUGACAUCAAAUGGAUAAAUCCUAACAUAAAAGAAAAUGAACAACAAAAGCAAGCAGUGAAAAAGAUAUUAAAUAAAACAGCACAACCUGCACCUUAUAUAAUUUUUGGUCCCCCAGGUACUGGAAAGACAGCAACAGUGGUUGAAGCUAUAUGUCAGAUUGUGAGACAAUUUCCGACAAAAAAUAUAUUGAUGUGCACGGUAUCUAAUGCAGCAGCUGAUGAAAUAACCAAAAGAUUAACUAAAAAUGUUCCAAUGAACCUGAUACAUCGAAUGUAUGCUCCGUCUAGAGAAUGGGGGACUGUAGAUAAGAAAAUUCAACCAUGUGCGAAUUUUGUUGAGGAAACUACAAUCUUUUUAUCAAAGGAGCUAUUGUUACGAAAAAAAAUUAUUAUUACAACAUUAAUAUCGGCCACAAGAUUAAUUGAGGUAGAAUUGCGAGAAAAUCAUUUUUCUUACAUAUUUAUCGAUGAGGCAAGUCAAGCAACUGAACCAGAUAUGUUAAUUCCGCUCGCGAUAAUGAAAAGAAUCGAAGAUGAGAGAAUUGAAUCUCAAGUACAAAUUGUUAUGGCUGGUGAUCCUUAUCAAUUGGGACCUGUCAUUCGUUGCAGAAGAGUUAAGCAUCUUCUUGGCAAGUUUUUUUUUAAGACAUUAAAUAUGUUAUUUAUAUAUUACAAUUUUAUAGUUAUUACAUUUAUUACUUGUACAGAAACAUCUAUGUUGGAAAGAUUAAUGAAUGUUUGUGGUCUAUAUAAAAAGCAAGAUGAAAAAUAUAAUCCAAACUACAUAACAAAAUUAGUUAAAAAUUACCGUAGUCACGAAAAUCUUUUGCACAUUUCAAAUCAAUUAUUUUAUGACAAUGAAUUAGAGAUUUGUGGAGGAGCUGAUACACAAAUGGCUUUAAAUUGGUCGUACUUGCCAAAUAAAAAUUUUCCUAUGAUAUUUCAAGAAGUUCGAGAUAUAGAAAUAAGAGCCACAACACGUAGUGUCUCUAACAGAGGUGAAGUACAAGCGGUAAUGGCAUAUUUGGAUAUAUUAAUGAAGUCAAAAUUUGGUAAACGCACAAUAACGUCACAGGACAUUGGAAUCAUAACGCCUUUUAAACAACAGCAGCUAGACAUCAGCCAUCAUUUAGCUACUAAAAACUUGAAAGACAUAACUGUGGGAACAGUUGAAACAUUUCAAGGACAAGAACGAAAUGUGAUCAUAUUGUCAACGGUACGAUCUGAAAGCUUCGUACAUAAUGGCGAAGAGCAUAUUGGCUUGUUAUCUAAUCCAAAGAGAUUUAAUGUUGCUUUAACACGUGCAAAGGCACUUAUAAUCAUUAUGGGAAAUCCAGAUGUACUCUGCAAAGAUAAAUAUUGGAAAAUACUUUUGACGUACUGUAAGAAGCAUAACGGAUAUAUUUCCUUUGAAGAGAUGUUAAACAAAGAUGUAAUAAUAAAAUUAAACAGUAAUUCUAAACUUUAUUCAUAGAAGAAUGACAGUAGUGAUAACGGCGUAUCAAGUACAACAGGAAUUAUCUGUUAACGUGAAGUUUGAAAAUCAAGAGAAACAGAAACAAAAGAAAAAUGAAAAAGAAAUGCAAAGUGUAUAGAAAAAA